AUGGGGAAUUUCUUGGUGUUGAAGUAUGCAGUGCAGAAUAUGUUGGAUUCAAAAGCCAUCCAGUUCACUCUAGAUAAUGGACCCAAUGUUAUCCAGAAUCCGAUGCCCACUUAUAAUGGACUAGUUAUCAAUGCCAUUGAAGAUGGUGAAAAGUAUUUGAUCAAGAAUGAUGUUUAUCCUGAUUGUGUUCCCGAAUGUUGCAAAUGCAAGAGUCAGCCAGAAGGUUGCGAUGAUUUGAAAGCGGGAAUUCAAAGUUUGAUUAAUGAAAAGGGUCUUUAUAGUUUGAUAGAAUUGAGAAGGAUAAGAAGUGAGAAGGUUGUGUCAUGGUAUUAUGGUUCCGAUGUUUAUUAUCAUGGAGUGAAGCAAGAGGAGAAGUCUUCUAAAGAGAAGUUGUGUAUGGAUGGAAAUUUGAGUGUUGAUCAUCUGGCAGAUAGUGUUGACGCCUUGGAAAAGGCUAAGGGUAAACAAGUGAUGGCAGAUAACCAAGAACUUGUGCAAAUUAAUGUUCCUCAACAAAGUGCAAUUCCCAGUGCUUCCUCCUCCCAAGAAGUUGAAGAGUUGUUGAGGAUAAUCAAAAAGAGUGAUUAUAAAGUGGUGGACCAGUUAAGUAAGACAUCGUCCAAGAUUUCGAUUUUGUCCUUGCCAUUAUGUUCUAAGACCCAUAGGAAUGCUCUCGUGAAGUUGUUGAGUUUUGAUUUUGUUCCUCAAGAAAUUACAGUCAAUCAGUUAGAAGGGGUUGUGGCUAGUAUAUCAGCAGAUAAUGGUUUGGGUUUCACAGAUUUUGAUCUCCUACAUGAAGGGCGAAACCAUAAUAAAUAUCUACAUAUUUCCAUGGAAUAUAAAUGUACUACUUUAUCCCGGGUGCUGGUGGACAUUGGGUCAUCUCUAAAUGUGCUACCAAAGUUAGCUUUAAUGAAGAUAGAUUAUGUGGGUGUUGAAUUAUGCCUGAGUGACUUGAUAGUCAGGGCUUUUGGUGGAUCCCAAAGAGCAGUGUUUGGUAAGAUGGAUAUACCUGUCAAAAUUAGACCUCAACUGUUCGAUACAACUUUUUUUGUCAUAGAUAUACAGCCUGCUUAUUGUUGUUUGCUUGGUCGGCCCUGGAUUCAUGGAGCAUGGUCUAUAACAUCUACUCUACGUUAG